UAAAUUCCGGGCCACUAAGAUGUCCAAGAUCUGGCCGAACUGGGAGAAGAUGGCGUACAGCGACUUCUUCAACUCUGCAGAAACAGGCGUGUGAAUAAACAUGGCCUCCCUUGUUUACAGUCCACCGUCGACAAACGUACCAUCUUUUUUGAUUUUCUCAUUCAAGUUGUUGAUGUAGAUCGUAUGGUUCAGACGUACUUCUGGUGUAGUCAUCGUUAAACCUGUCGAAAAAGAGUAAAUUCUUCAGAAAUGACCGGAAAAAAAGAUUUUCAGCGUGCUUAACGUGACUUAGCUAUUAGCGUGGAUGCUAACUGCUCGAUGUUUCGGGAAUUUAACAGAAACAAGUUUCUAAAACUCAAAAUGAAUUGGUUUUGUGUAAUCACAAAGCACGUAUUGGCAUAUUAGACAUGCACAAUUUAACCAAAUGCAGCAGAAAAACGACACGAAAACGACACUACCUCGUCGAGAUGAAUGAAACACCCGGCUGCAGCAAAUCUCGAAUACUCUCGCGUGAAAUCCGUCUUCCGGUUUCUACAUGUCCACUUCCGCCGAGCUACGUCUAUUAAAUAACUUCAUAUUGGUUCGUGGUGAUAGCUAACCGCACUACUUAGAUUUAUUCAAUCAAAUCCCGGUCUUGAAUGCUUAACUCAAACAUGCAUUUAAAAUAUGCUAGUUUUCAAUUACAGAAUUAAAGACUGACUUGUAGUUUAUGGAGUUCCCGACUGCAAGACUCGGACGUGAAGCUACCAAAUUUGGAGAAAACGCGUCUGCGGUAAUGCGAGAUGGGUGGGGCCGCCUGACACUGACUCCAGCUCCGUGUAAGUCACACACAGACUCGUAACGUAUGUGUUGUUUACCUGUCAAUGUGUUCACCGCUUACACUGUUGCAACCGAGCAAUGCGUUUCCCAAUGUUUGUUGAAAGGUCCAGGGCGAUGACAGGACAAUGUCUGUCCCUGGUCGACCACCUCCACAUCCAGUGCCACCACCUCCACCUCCAGCUCCAUUGACAGCUGCUGCUCCAGCUCCCAAAAAGAAGCUUUAUCAGACCAUCGGUAGCAGUCGGACUGCUGUGGAAGGAGACCACAAUGAAGCCUGUCUGCUUAUCAAGCAAAGAGAGAACAGUUUCAGACAGGAUCUACAGUGGGUUCUGAGAAACACCUACGUGCCGUCCCUGAUUCAAGAUGGUCCGCAGUGUGGUCUGGUGGCUCUGUGGAUGGCAGCCCAACUUGGGGCAUCAAAGAUCGACAUGGCUGCUGUUGCUCAGAUGGCGUUGAACCGAGGCUUCACAGCACAGGGAGAAAUGUUUUCAGCAAGCAAUAUGGCCCUGCUGGCUGAAGAGGUCUGCGGCUGUCGGGCACAGCUCCUGUCUGGAGGUUUAGCUGGCAACAAUGCAGAAGUUAUCGUCUCACACCUGUGGAGCAGACAACCAGUUCUCAUACCGUACGAUGAAGACUUUAAUCAUGAGCCGUGUCAGCGUGACGGCCACAGAGCUCACUGGGCUGUUGCCUCAGGUGUUCUCGCCAGCGUGGAUGAGGGAGUGUUGAGAAAAGAAGAGAUGGAGUCUGACCCCACUCUUCCCUGGUUGCGCCUGCUCACUGACUGCAACAUCUCCUGUCCAUUCAGCAAACUCAAAGAUGUUUACGUGUUAGCCAAGCAGGGGAAAAGUCUGCGCUACCAGAUUUGGAGGUUGGACACUUUAGCAGAAAGCAACAAGCAGCUGAAGGUGAUGGACCCUCAAAGAGCCAGUGAUGGAACUCAAUAUGUGGUCCCUGAUGGGGGAGUCGAGGCUGGACUGGCGGGUCAAGCUGUGUUGAUCCACACCAGGAUGGAGUGAAAUGUGUUACAAGAACCUUCACUGUCACUACCUCAAGGUUUAAAUGCAAUCAUGAGAUUGUGAGCCUGAAUGAUAGUUAUUCAAAGAUAAAAGCACAUUUCUGUUUAAAAAGAUUUGUGAGGUGAAUUUUUAUGUUGUUGCUUUAUAUUGUUCAUAGAUUAAUAUUUGUAGCUCAGCCUGCAUUUACUACCUACUUCUUAAUUGUGGAACUAUCAAGUAAAGUCUGAUCUAAUCCAUGAGUUGUUAUGGAUUGUGGGUCGGUUCCUCACAUUCAGGUGUUUCAUUUUUUUCACCUUCCUGUACCCAAAGCUACCGAAUCUAGAAUGUUACUCCGUUUCUUAUAGUGUAAAAAAAGUGUCUUGAUCAAAUGCUGGUUCUGGACUGUAACCAUGGGGUGGCGUAGUUUGCCCAAUUGUGGACGCGCGUAGAUAUCAGUUUUAUAACUGUAUUGGAGUCGCUAAGAUUAAUGGGUCGUUAACUCCUUAGGGAAAAAAAACAGUCUUGUCAAAAAACCUCAUUUCCAGUUUAUUGGGAUCCGAGACCUUCAGGAAAAAGCAAGAAUGUCAUAUUAACAGUCUGCAAUGAUGUGUCUUAAAACUACAGUCACCAAGUGCCGACAAGUUUUACAGAAUGAAGCUCAACAGCAGGUCGUCUUUUACAAAUGGAACGUAAACAAAUGGUUCAGCUGCUGGAGCUGCGUUUACACCACUGAAAAUCCUGAAGCGGAAUUCCAGAUUCUUGAUGUCUGGAAGCUUAUGUACACUGAGUUGCCACUGUGAAAAGCCCUGGAAGACAUUAUCAUCGGUAUCGUCACCGUUUUGAAAACAUGUAAUUGUCUUCUUUUGUAAACCGAAUGCCAGACUCUGUCGAUACAGAUAUCUAGGACAUUCCACCUUAAUAAUCAUGUGUGAAGACGAGUCAGUUCCACCAGGAAAUUCCAGUUUUAAGAGUCAUGCAGGCAUAUUCUCACACCUUCUGCAACACACACGAGGCACUGCUUUUUGUUUUAUGGCUUUGCAAGGACCCAUUCUAAUUUUUACUUGGCGAAACUCACCAUGAUACAAAAAGAUUCUAGUCAUACUGCAGGGUUAAAAAUAGAUAAAACAUUAGGGGGAGAAACCCGCUGGAAUGAUUCAAAAGCCAUCUGGAAAAAAGAUCUUGGCACAACAAGGAAGGC